AUGGACAACAUGACUGACGACGAAGUGUGGUUACGCCUGUUCCCAUUUUCUCUGAGGGAUAAGGCGAAACAAUGGCUUCACGCUCUACCUAGCGCAGGCAUUAACACUUGGUCAGAUUUGGCGAAAGCUUUCUUGCACAAGUAUUUCUCCAUGGCAAAGACUGCAAAGCUGACAAGGGAUAUUAUGCUCUAUCAGCAACUUGAUGGGGAAUCAGUUCAUGAAGCAUGGGAGCGCUAUAAGGAGAUGCAGAGGCAAGUUCCGCAUCAUAACAUCACUCGGGAGAAUCUGAUCCAAACCUUUUAUAAUGGAGCAACUGAACUGGGGAGAAGCACUAUUGACGCAGGCGCAGGAGGGUUUCUGAUGAGAAAAACGGGGGAUGAAGCAUUCGAUCUGUUAAACGAGAUGGCAGUAAAUGGCUGUUUUUGGCCAUCUGAAAGGGCGAAGGCCCCUGCGCAGAGAGGAGUUAUGGCAGUUACUGUUGAUUCUGCAAUGGAGGCUUUAAAAUCAAAGACUGCAGCACUGCAAAAUCAAGUGGAUUUUCUUACACGGCAGGCUGCAGGAGUUAAUAUUAACAGUGUAGCUGCCAUUCAGAGUAACUGCGAGGUACGUGGGGAGCAUGGUCACAUGUCGAAUGAAUGUUCUGUAUGGGGUCAGCCUAACAAUGAACAAGUCAAUUUUGUGGGAGGGCAAAGACAGGGCAAUGAUCCAUACGCCUCCACUUACAACCCAGGAUGGAGGAAUCACCCGAAUUUCUCAUGGAAGGACAAUGGGGGUAAUGCCAACAAUCAGGAAGGUCCGAGCUUUCAGGGCGAACAGAGGCCACAACACAAUCAGGGCAACUACCAGAAUCAAGGGAACUUUCAGAAUCAGGGGAAUUUCCAGCAUCAGAACAACCGACCGCAGCAUCCUCCUGGCUUCCAACAAAGAGAGCAAGGCGAGUCUCUCCACAGCAAGUUUGAUAAAUUGAUGGAGAUGAUGAUGAAUAAGGAUGCCGAGACGCAGCAAACAUUUAAAAAUCAUGCUGCCACAAUUCAUAACCUUGAGGUGCAAAAUCAGCAGAUGGCUAAAGCACUGCAAAGUAGAAGUCAGGGGGGUUUACCAUCCACUACUGAGGAAAACCCCAGAGAGCAUCUCAAGGCUAUUGAGUUGAGAAGUGGGAAAUCACUGGAUGAUCCAUAUGCAGGACGUGCUACAGUUGAGGCGGAAAAGGAACAGUGUGAGGGUGAGGGUGACGAGCCUGAAAAGGUAGUUGCUAAACCACCUCCACCACCUCCUUUUGUGCCAAAGGUGCCAUUCCCACUCAGAGUGAAGAAGCCGCAGGACACUUGGAAGUUUCACAAAUUUCUUGAAACUUUCAAGAAGCUAUAG